GACGCGGCCUCGCAGGACGGAAGUGGGCGGCCACGGCUCCGGCGGAGCCGCGCUGCCGGCGGGACCUGGCGGAGCUGGAGGGCGCCGGGGAGCGGAGCGCGGGCGGCCCCCGAGGCCCGAGCGAGCGGACGCCGGGGGCGCCUGCGGCGGGCGCGGCGGCGCCGGGGGAGCGCGGCGGGGAUGGGGCGCCGGGCCGCGCGGGGGCCGCGGCCUCGGCCAUGUUCGCGGGGCUGCAGGACUUGGGCGUGGCCAACGGCGAGGACCUGAAGGAGACGCUGACCAACUGCACGGAGCCGCUCAAGGCCAUCGAGCAGUUCCAGACGGAGAAUGGCGUACUGCUGCCCUCCCUGCAGUCCGCCCUGCCGUUCCUGGACCUGCACGGGACGCCGCGGCUGGAGUUCCACCAGUCGGUGUUCGACGAGCUGCGGGACAAGCUGCUGGAGCGCGUGUCGGCCAUCGCCUCGGAGGGCAAGGCCGAGGAGAGGUACAAGAAACUGGAGGACCUCCUGGAAAAGAGCUUUUCCUUGGUGAAGAUGCCGUCCCUGCAGCCGGUGGUGAUGUGCGUAAUGAAGCACCUGCCCAAGGUUCCGGAGAAGAAGCUAAAGCUGGUGAUGGCCGACAAGGAGCUUUACCGGGCCUGUGCGGUGGAGGUGAAGCGGCAGAUCUGGCAGGACAACCAGGCCCUGUUCGGGGACGAAGUGUCCCCGCUGCUGAAGCAGUACAUCCUGGAGAAGGAGAGUGCGCUUUUCAGCACAGAGCUCUCCGUCCUGCACAACUUCUUCAGCCCUUCCCCGAAGACAAGACGCCAGGGCGAGGUGGUGCAGAAGCUGACGCAGAUGGUGGGGAAGAACGUGAAACUGUACGACAUGGUGCUGCAGUUCCUGCGGACGCUGUUCCUGCGGACGCGCAACGUGCACUACUGUACCCUGCGGGCCGAGCUGCUCAUGUCCCUGCAUGAGCUGGACGUCGGGGACAUCUGCUCUGUGGACCCCUGCCACAAGUUUACCUGGUGCCUGGACGCCUGCAUCCGUGAGCGCUUCGUGGACAGCAAGAGGGCCCGGGAGCUGCAGGGGUUUCUGGACGGAGUGAAGAAGGGGCAGGAGCAAGUCCUGGGGGACCUGUCCAUGAUCCUGUGUGACCCCUUUGCCAUCAACACGCUGUCACUGAGCACUGUCCGCCACCUGCAGGAGCUGGUCGGCCAGGAGACGCUGCCCAGGGACAGCCCAGAUCUCCUCCUGCUGCUCAGGCUGCUGGCCCUGGGCCAGGGGGCGUGGGACAUGAUCGACAGCCAGGUCUUCAAGGAGCCCAAGAUGGAGGUGGAGCUCGUGACCAGGUUCCUGCCCAUGCUCAUGUCCUUCGUGGUGGACGACCACACCUUCAACGUGGAUCAGAAGCUCCCGGCCGAGGAGAAGGCCCCCAUCUUGUACCCAAACACGCUUCCGGAGAGUUUCACCAAGUUCCUGCAGGAGCAGCGCAUGGCCUGUGAGGUGGGACUCUACUACGUGCUGCACGUCACCAAGCAGAGGAACAAGAACGCGUUGCUCCGCCUGCUGCCAGGGCUCGUGGAGACCUUCGGUGACCUGGCCUUUGGUGACAUCUUCCUGCACCUGCUCACGGGGAACCUGGCGCUACUGGCGGACGAGUUCGCCCUGGAGGACUUCUGCAGGAGCCUCUUUGACGGCUUCCUCCUCACAGCCUCGCCCAGGAAGGAGAGCGUGCAGCGGCACGUGCUGCGGCUCCUCCUCCACCUGCACCACCGGGUGGCGCCGUCCACGCUGGACGCCUUGCGCAAGGCGCUGGAGCCCACAGGCCAGAGCGGAGAGGCGGUGAAGGAGCUUUACUCCCAGCUGGGAGAGAGGCUAGAGCAGCUGGAGCACCGGAAGCCCAGCCCGGCCCAGGCCACGGAGACGCAGGCGCUGGAGCUGCCCCUCCCGGCUGUGUCCACUCCCGCUGGGCUGGGAGGCUUCCCGGGGGCUGCUCAGGACCGGGCCGGGCCCCUGGCGGGUCUGUGACGUUGGCUGGCCAGUAGGCGUUCCCCUGGACUUGGAGUGUUGGGACCCUGUCUCUCCCGAAGGCAGAAGGGCUGCUCGUGGGCUGGGCUGGCUGGAGCCGGGCACUCUCCGCCCCGGACGGCCUAUGCUGGGCAGCCUGCUGCUGGGCCUCAGCCCCACCCUGACCUGGGUCCUGGGGCCCGUGUUUGCUCCUUGGAGGCCCUUGGCUGCUUCCCUGGAGGACAGCGCUGGGUGUGAUGGACCCAGCUGGCUCCUCGAAGUCACUCCCAGGCUGUGGGGAGCUUCCGGCCUGUUCCUGCCUCAUGGUGUGAGUUUCCGCUUCUGUAGGGAAGACAGACUGGCUGCAGUUGUUAUUAGGAAAAAGCUACCUUUUUUCCACGGGAGAGGGCAGGGGGACCCAAGCCUGAGGGAAGGGGCGGGCCCAGCUCCGUGGGCCCAGAUCAGCCAGUGCUCUGCUGGGUGCGGGCAUCUGCCGAUGGGAUCGUCUGCUCUGGGAGCGCCCGAGUGUUUCACGGGACGGUGUGGCCGGUCCACAGCUCCACAGGGAAGCGGCCGGCAGCACCCUGUGUCGCUGAGGAACAGCUGCCUCAGUUUACCCCGGAGCGGUGAGCUCCUUGCUCAGCCGCACCAUCUUGGUCAUGUGCAAGCUGUUGCGCACUGUGAGCCUUCACGUAUGUAAAUAAAAGGUGUUUGGGUAAA